ACUCAAUUCAUUUCAAUCGUUUAAAAUGUUUACAUUUCAAUGAAUAUCAUAUUUUGUGAAUUUACAUCGACAUACUUGACUCGAACAGCUGAUAAAAAAAUACAACUGCGUAUGUACUGGUUGAUAUCAGAAGCUUGUCUGGCUGAUGUUCGGCUCGUGUUUGUAAACAUCGCACAUCGGAUUUCUUUGUUGCAAAUUUGCACGGCAUUAGUGAAGUAGUUUCUUUCCAAUUCGAACGUGGAUUUUUGGUAUUGGUUCACGAAAGGAUUCUACCAUAUCCAACACGACUGAGUAUCACAUUCGAUACCAGAUUGCAGCAUUUCAGUCGUUCGACAGGAACAGUUUGAGUCACUUGAAACGUUUGCUGUCAUACACCACAGGUGGCAUACAACCAAAUGCAAUCGACAAAUCCGACUUCCUCUGAUAGUGGAUCAAUCGCAUCCAGCGUGGAAGAUCUACAGAGCUGGUCACUACUAACCGAUUCCGAGCCGCAAAGUGAAAAUCCCCUGACUUGGACUAGUGAAAUGAAGCGAGCAGCAAUAGAAAACAGUCUCAAAUCCCAAGACAGCUGUUCAUCGGACAGCAUCAGUGUUAUCAGUGAAGGUGAGGACACAUCUUCCGAUGUUCGUCAAAGGAAUAGAUAUGCUGUUGCCCCGGAAACUAAUGUUCCAACAGAAGUGGGCAACGAAGGAACUGGUGAAACAACAAACACUCCUAGAAAAGUCCUCACUUGGACUACUCCUCUAGUGCUGGGAGUUGUUCUGGCGACAAACGCUGCCAUUUUAUAUGGCCACUCACGUGUCUAUCACAGUUUGGUAGGUGAGCUUAAGGCCGCUCACGAUGCACGGCUUGAAGACCUUAUGAAUAUUACUGCGAAAAACUUGGAUCGUAUCGCAGAGCUAGAGUUUGAGAAUAACAAAUUAAGGAAUCAGAUCGAAACUUUGAAAGUUGUAGAUGGACCGAUUGAAUUAGAUGAACAAAUUUAUCAAACCGUACUCAAGGUAUUGACCAGUGAAUUCAAGAGUAAAGAAUCUCAAUUUUUUUCGAAUGAAAUGACAGAGAAAGCUAAUGAUAGAGAAGACAUAUUUAUUUUCGAUGGUCCACCACCGGACGAUAAAACAAAACCUGACCUCAUCGAAGAACAAGUUCACGCACUCCCGUCGUACUGCUACAACAGCUACGCAGUUCAAGAUGCACUCUUUUCCGAGGACUGCGAUUCUGUGCGAAUGGAAAACAAGGACCAAAACUCAGAAGAUGCCACAGUAACGGACAAUAGCCGGCGGAAGCGUCAAGAACUUCCCAGACUUUGCUACAACAAAUAUGCCAUGCAGGAUGCUCUGUUCUCGAAAUUAUGCGACUAUGGGCAAAUCAAAACCAUGCAUAAACAACGCAAACCAAAGCAUUCCAAAAAGAUUCUCAUGAAGGAAAACUAUCAUCAAAAGCGUAAACACAAACAUAGAAAGUUGCCGGAAGAUACAAAACAACUGCCGAUAAAUGAAUAUUGAUUAUUCGUUCCUUAUCUUGAAAAAGUUUACAUUCAUCGUUGUGACAUUGAUUAAUGCUUUGUACUAUGGAAGUAUGAUAAAUUUUGAAUAAAUUUAACCACCCGUGCUACGAAAAGUUUUUACGCUCUUA